AUGGAAGGCAGAAUGAACGUCUUUCAAAUCACUGGCAUGAAUUGAAAUUGAAAAGGACCUACUUUCAGUGAAUACAUUUUCUGAGGCAGAAUGGCAUCUAAGGACCGCAAACCAAAUCUCUCCCAUGCGCAGGUGUCUGAGUUAGUUAAACGUCUUUAUGGCUUGACCCAUUCUAAGAUCCGUCCACUUCCCAGUUACGAAGACCAAAACUUCUAUGUGUGUGUGAGCGAGGGUGGGGAGUACCUGCUGAAGGUCAUGAACUCCGGGGACAGCCAGAACCCCACUCUGCUGGAGCUACAGAACCACGCCAUGAACUUCCUGCAGAAAAGAGGACUUCCUGCCCAGACAGCCAUUCCCACUAAGACCGGGCAGCUCAUGAGUCUAGAGGAGAUCGACUGUGGCUGUGGGCUUCAGAAGUACAUGGUGCGUUUGCUGACUUAUUUACCUGGUACGACUAUUGCCAAGAUCCCUUCUUCUCCUAAUAUCCUCUACCAAGUAGGGAAAAUGGCUGCCACCAUGGACAAAGUCUUUCAAGAAAUGGAGCACCCCAAUCUCCAUGCGUUUCAGAGAGAUGACUACAACGCCAUCUUGACCAGCAUCCCUCUGCUGGAACAGCACCUGCCAGUGAUUGACAGCGACCCCGUACAGGAGGUCGUCAGCAAUGUCAUUGCAGAGUUCAAGGCACAGGUGAUCCCCAAGAUGUCCGCCUUCCGUAAAUGUAUAAUCCAUGGGGAUUUCCAUAACCACAACAUUCUGGCGACGUUGGACGGUGGUUCCUCCUCCCAGUUUAAAAUCUCGGGCAUCUUGGACUUUGGGGACAUGAGCAGCGGCUACUACGUCUAUGAGCUGGCCAUUGUCAUCAUGCACAUGAUGAUCGAGAGCCCCAGCCCGGUGGACGUAGGCGGGCACGUCCUGGCGGGCUACGAGAGCGUCAUUCCCCUGAGCGAGGCGGAGAGGGACUGCCUCUUCCUGCUGGUGCUGUGUCGCUUCAGCCAGAUACUCGUGCUAACGCGCAGGGCCAUACAACAGCUGCCGGACAACAAGGAGUACCUGAUGAUGUUUAUGCCCACCACGGGGAUCAAACUCCUGACCCACCUCUGGGGUCUGGGGCAGCAACAUGUGGAGCACUCCUGGUUUGAGUGUGCCAAGGCAUACAAACACCAAUAACUGACUAAGGCUUUGGUGUUUUACUCUCUAAUGGGCAUACUAUAUCGUCCCCUUAAGCGCAAUUCACACCAAAGAUUCCUGACGCAACGAGACCAAGUUGCAGCGGUGUGAAUUAGAAGUUGCACGUAGUUGCAAGCCAUCGCAGAGCAUUCAACAUGUUUAAUGGCAGUUGCAAGGUUUUAGAACGUUGCUGCUCGUCUCGUCUCUUCUCGUCUCGUCAGGAAUCUUUGGUCUGAACCCUUCGUUAGUGAUUCUGAGAUAUUGAGCUUCAAAAUGUUAGAAUUUCACAGGGUUAUACUGAUAAGCAGAACAAACCUCUUCACAUAUAGUGUACAAAAAUGGAUACAACUACAAGACACACCUCACCUCAGCUUCUUAAGGUGUCACAGAAUUAGAAUGUGCCAGUAACUCAAUUUUGACAAGAAUGUCAGAUAGAGCCAUAUAGUUCUAAGAGGAUGAUAUCAUAACACAAAGGUGAGACCUGAGACAGGAUGUGAAAUACAGAAUAGAACGUAAUAGAACAUCACCAAAUGGUACAGACGUAAUAGAACAUCACCAAAUGGUAGAGUGUAGAACAUAAUAGCUAAAAUAAAGGACAGCAAAAACUGCUUCACAGUAUAGAUUUGUCUUACUUUGUAGAAUAAAGUCCAUUGAUAGGAUGUGAACUUGUCAUUCUAGUUUAUACUUUCAGAAAUUGUCAGCAAAUUAUUCUGCAUAAACUAGGCCAAUGCAUACUGUCAACUUUAAAGAGGCUGUAAGGGUUGCUGGAUGACGUCAUGUUUGUUGAUGUGUCCCUUGUCCAAAACAUAAAAUUUUUCGGGAACGGUCUUGGUCCAGUGUAUAGUCUAACAACCUAUGUAAAAUUAUGUAAUAUUACUUAUUGUAUCCAUACAUUGUGCACGUGAUAUAAGUUGAUACAAUACUUAGCUCUUGUGUGUUUUUGUGGCAAUAUGUUCAUUAUCCAACGCUAUCAUGUAUUUCUCUAUGGCAAGACAUAUUUAUAAUCUGGUUUUGAGAUUCUAUUAAAAUGUCAGCAUGGU